CAUCUUCACACCGCCGCCGCCGCCGGGGAGUCCGGAUCAGUGAAGCGAACCCACCGGACCGGAGAGCCGCGCUCUGCCUCUCUGUCUCUGUCCGUCUCCAAACUUUGGAGACUUUUACGCGUCGGCCGGGCGCAUUUUGGAUUGUUCUCAUUUGGAGUCUCAAAAGUUUCUGCGCGAGAAAAAAAACUUCAAACUCCCCAAAAAACUUCCCUCGGACUGAGGAGGGAGAAUGAUCCUGCAGGGGGACCAGCGGCCGCUCCAGUGAACACAUGGAGUCCUGUACAGGCGGAGGAGGAGGAGGAGGAAGGUGGAGGCUCCGUCAUGUUGUCCCAGUCGUGCUGCUGUGGAUGAGUCUGCACAGACACGUGCUGGGCUGCAGCUCCACACUCUGUAACCUGGUGCUGACGGAGGCCCAGGGGGAAUUCACGUCGCCCUGCUACCCACAGAAAUACCCCAACUCACAGGCCUGCAGGUGGACCAUGCAGGCCCCCACCGGCUUCAUCAUCCAGCUCUCCUUCCUUGACUUUGACCUGGAGGAGGCGCCGGGCUGCAUCUACGACAGGGUGGUGGUGAACACAGGAAACACAGACGUUAAGUUCUGCGGUCCGACGGCUAGCGGGCUGACGCUGAACUCAACGGGGAACGUGAUGGAGCUGUCCUUUACCUCCGACUUCAGCGUGCAGAGGAAGGGGUUCAGUGUUAGCUUCAGACACGUUGCCGUGGCUAUGAGGAACCAGAAGGUCACCAUAUCCGGAGGCAACAGCCAGGUCACCGAGGUCUCCAACUCUGUGUCCAUACCUUCGCUCAGUCAGCUGACACUGUGUUUUGAGGUGGAGCGCAGCAGCCUGAAACAGAAAGAGUGGAUCUUCACCUACUACGACAGCAGCAACAACAUAGCUCUGAGUCUGGGCUCCGAUCAGUCUGGUAUGAAGAUGAUUGUUGACGGGGUGGUGUGUUCGAUAGACUCCAUCAUCUCCUCCUCUGACUUCACCUCCACAAUGAAGCAGUUCUGUGUCCUCUGGACUUCGUCAAAUGGCCGAGUGGCAGUUUAUUUCAACAGGAACUACUGGGCCAAGACCUGCUCCUCCUCUGUGGGGCACUCAGUCCCUGCUGGUGGACGGUUCCGGUUAGGAGGGCAGCACAGCUUCAACGGGAACAUCUACAACCUCCGGCUGUGGGACUACGCCAUGACAGUGCAGCAGGUCACCGCGCUGAGCUGCGACACGGUGGGGAACGUCAUCGACUGGGACAACAGCCACUGGAGUAUCCCGUCCACCAUGGCCCAGACCGACACCACACUCAGCUGCAGUGUCUCCCCGCCCAGCAACACACCCCUCACUACCAGCUGUGACUCCCCGGGACUGGGCUGCCCAGAGGGGCUGUUCUACCGAGUCUCUUUUAUGGUGGAGGACGAGGACGCGGCGCUGACCCAGGCUGAGGUGGAGCGAGCUGUGUCUCUCUGGCUCAAUCAAACAUUUCUGAACUGGACCCACGCCGUCUACGUGGACUCUGUCAGUGUUCAGCCUGCUGUGCAGAGCGGAGGCAGCCCCACCAGUUACAUGUGUCAGGCCCUGCUGGUUUAUUAUUACGUCACCAAUGAGAGUCUGGGUGAAGCUGCCGUGUCCGCCAGGCUGUCCAGCAGUGAGGGACUCAUGAGGACCGGCCUGCAGAUCCAGACCGCCUCCACUCAAGUUACAUUAGUUGAAAACUGUCCGGAGGAGAAUCCGCUUCAUUACCGCUGGCCUGAGAGCAGACCCACCAUCACUCAGUACCUGCCCUGCUUCCCCAACAAGGACCAGAGCACCUCCAGGACCUGUUUGAUCAACAGACAGAACUUCUCCUCUCAUUGGUCAGCGCCAGACGUCAGUAACUGCACGGACAUCGACACCAUCGAGGUGUCAGCAGAGAAUGCAGCGGAGGUGGCGGUGCAGCUCGCCGUCAUCACCGACAACGAGCUGUCCAAUGAAGAGGUGUCUAAAGUGGUGACCAAGGUGAAGGAGCUGGUGAACGUGGCGAAGAUCAACAGCACGUUGGCCUUUACUGUCGUCACCAUCAUCUCCAACGUCAUGACCAGCACUGAGACGGCGCUCGCCGCCACGUCUGAGACAGCUCUGAAGACCGUCGACGAGUUGGUUCAGAAGAUCGAGUUCGACAGUCCGUCCAUCAGCAUCACCUCCAAACACCUGGCUGUAGGAAUAUCCGCCCUCAACACCACCCUGUUCAACGGGACCUCAUUCAGCGCCUUCAUAGAUCCAAACUCCCCCAACCUAAAGGUGGAUUUUGAGGCAGAGAGCAUUAACCCUUUAGCUCAGGUCACCCUUCCUUCCUCUCUGCUGUCCAGCGCCUCCCUGAGUGACGCCGACCGAUCGUCUCUGUCCAGGAUCAACUUCAUGUUCUUCAGCAGCACCAGCCUCUUCCAGAAAGAGCAGGACGGACGCUCUCUGAACAGCUACGUGGUGGCGAGCAGCGUGGGGAACUUCUCCAUCAGUGACCUGAGGGAUCCGGUGGAGAUUGAGAUCGCUCACCUUUCUGAACAGCCCAACCGGAGCCCAGUCUGCAUGUUCUGGGACUUCACCAUGAACAAUGGAGCUGGAGGCUGGAACGGAGACGGCUGCAGAGCAUCCAAAGAAUCCACCAGCAACAAAACCAUCUGUCUGUGUGACCACCUGACGCACUUUGGCAUCCUCAUGGACAUCUCUGGAGCCUCACCUCACAUCGACCCAAAGCACAACAAGAUCCUGACCUUCAUCACCUACAUCGGCUGCGGCAUCUCCGCCAUCUUCUCUGCCGCCACGCUGCUCACCUACAUCGCCUUUGAAAAACUGCGGCGUGACUACCCCUCCAAGAUCCUGAUGAACCUCAGCACGUCCCUGCUGCUCCUCAACAUGGUCUUCCUAUUGGACGGCUGGCUGGCCAGUCUGGAAACCGAAUGGCUGUGCCUGACCGUGGCCAUCUUCCUGCACUACUUCCUCCUGACCUCCUUCACCUGGAUGGGGUUGGAGUCCAUCCACAUGUACAUCGCUCUGGUCAAAGUCUUCAACACCUACAUCCGCCGAUACAUCCUCAAGUUCUGCAUCGUGGGAUGGGGUCUCCCUGCUGUGGUGGUGGGGAUCGUGGUUGCGGUGGAUAAAAACUCUUAUGGCCUGCAGGAGUACGGCAAAGGAGAUUCAGAAGAGGGAUCCUCAGAGUUCUGCUGGAUCCAGAACUCGGUGGUCUUCUACAUCACCUGCGUGGGUUACUUCUGUUUGGUGUUUCUGCUGAACGUGGCCAUGUUCGUCGUGGUGAUGAUGCAGAUCUGCGGCCGCAACGGCAAACGCAGCAACCGCACGCUGCGAGAGGAGGUUCUACGAAACCUGCGCAGCGUCGUCAGCCUCACCUUCCUGCUGGGGAUGACGUGGGGCUUCGCUCUGUUCGCAUGGGGGCCCGUUAACCUCGCCUUCAUGUACCUGUUCGCCAUCUUCAACUCACUGCAAGGUCUCUUCAUAUUUAUCUUCCACUGCGCCCUGAAAGAAAACGUCCAGAAACAGUGGAGGAGAUACCUCUGCUGCGGACGCUUCAGACUGUCUGACAACUCAGACUGGAGUAAGACAGCAACCAACAACACCAAGAAGGUGAGCUCAGACAACCUGGGCAAGUCUCUGUCCUCCAGCUCCUUCGGCUCCAGCACCGCUAACUGGACCUCCAAAGCUAAAGCUACGCUCAACCCCUUCACCAAGAGACACAGCAACUCAGAUAAAUGUUACUCCAACCAGACCAGCCCCAAGUGCGUCUCCUCAUGCUCCUCCUCUUCAGAGGCGGAGCCCAACUCCUCUUCCUCCUCGUCCUCCAUCCUCCCCGUCAGCCAGAUGAUCGACAAGGUGAAAGGUUACUGCUCCACGCGCUCCGACAACUUCUACAAGAACAUCAUUAUGUCCGACAGCUUCGCCCACAGCACCCGGUUCUAGAGCUGUCCUCCAUUUUCUACCUUCUGGAACUGUCCCGUGUUUUGGAACUGCCCAAAUUGCUCUGGAAACUGUUGUGACAUCAUCCUCCCAGCAGCCUUUAGGACAGAGGAGGCUUCUGCCAAAGGUUCCGAUAUAAAGCACGACACUGGAACCUACCUUGCUGUUCUGGAACAAUUAUUUAAGGCUUUGCUUUUGUUCUUGAACUGCCACCCAACACGCGAGAACCUUUUGUGUUCUUGAACUACUCCUAGUAUUCUAGAACUCUCUGACGGCCUCAGCAGUUAAGUCUAUCUGUGUUCUGGAUCUGCUCCAAUCAUUCUAGAACUCCUUUUCACCAUCAGCCAGAGAGACUAGAAUUCUAAGGGCCAUCAAUCAAGCCCCUAAAAUAUUCUAGAACCCACCAGGCUUCUGAAACUACCAGAGCAACCUUCAAGAACUCUCUGACAGCCUCAGCAGUUUAAGAUCCUCUGUUCUUGGAAGUGCUUCAGUCAUUCUAGAACUUCUCUCCUACGUCAGUCAGAAAGACCGGAUCUUAGAAUUCCAAGGGCCGUUAAAGAAGAUUUCUAGAACACUUCAGACUUCUGAAACUCCCUGACAUACAUUCUAGAACUCUCUGGCAGCAGCAGCAGUACAGGAUCCUUUGUAUUGUGGAACUGCUCCCAUCAUUCUAGAACUUUCCUCUAGCGUCAGCCAGAAAAAAGAAACAAAUGAUUUUACAAUUCUAAGGGCCAUUGUAGAAGAAUUGGUAACCCUCCAGGGUUCAGAUAAUCGCUGACCAACAUUCUAGAGCUCCCUGACAGCCUCAUGAGUUUAGAAUCCUCUGUUCUCUGAACUGCUCCAAUCAUUCUUGAGUUCUUCUUCAGCGUUAGCCACAACGAACGGAUUUUAGAAUUAUGAGGGCCGUGACAGAAGAAUUUGAGAUCCCUCCCGGCUUCUGAAACUCCCUGACCAACAUUCGACAGUUGUAAAUCAUGUUCUAGAACAUUUGGUUUUCACCCCACUGUCUUUCCCCUGUCAUUGAGGAUACAUGCAUCCUUCCUUGCCCCUGGAGCUUUGAAUCAGAAUCCCUGUUGUGGUUUUAAUUGUGAUGUGUUGGAUGUUAGUGUUAUAUUAUGUACAUUGUUUUCAGGCAGGCGGCCCAGUUUUAACUGUAAUUUGAAACUGAUGAGCAAAAAUUCAAGAUAUGUUUCUGUAUCUCGUCUUUAGAAUUUGUGAAGAGCUGCUUAGUUUGUGUGGAAGAAUACUAAUUAGUAGGCCAAGGUGGUAUUUAUUUUUUGAUACCCUCCUGAAAUUUUACUGGGGAAUAAGGCUUUUUAGUGUGUGGUGUGCCCAACCCCCCAUCCCCUACUCAACCAGGGACUUGCUAUGUUCUGCAAGCUCACUUGGCUUUUGCGGUCUAAUGAACAACCUCAAAAAGCUCUCAAAAUCUCAAUAAAGGUAACAUUCUUACACCUAUUUAUUUAUUAAGCAGAGAAUAACAAGCAUUCACCUCCGCAGUGCAAGCUUCUCUCUUUCACUCUUUUGCCCUGUUGACUCCUCAUUAAACACACUUCAUUCAAAAUUGACAGAAAAACAAUACCACCAAAACCUUAUUGGUUGGUCUCGUUAGUCGUUUACAGUCCUCUAACAUUAUCCCCACCACUCGCAGCCAGUCACCACAUUUGUCAGCUCAGCUGCCUGUUCCACCACACUGACCUCUGUUGGCAUGUGAUGUGCACUACAUGCAAAAUAUCCUCAGUGCAGCCUCUCAAGUAUGAGGGUAAUAGGAAGAUGAGUGUCUGUAUUUUUGAUGGUAUUGAGACUUAAAGCGUCAGGAUGUAUAAACUCCCUGGUAUACCGUAAUACCAGGAUACCGCCCAGGCCUACUGAAUAGUUAGCACACAGUUUUCCUCAGCACCAACUCACCAUAAACAGCUACAUGAUUUAAACCAGAGUUCAAAUAUUUGCUAAUCAACAAAAAUCUGCCUGUUGCUGCAGAAUGUGUUAAAAGCAGCCGGUGCCACAAACUGUUAAAAACCCAGAGACCAAGUUCAGAUCAUGAUAGACAACGCCACAUAUUAUGGUUUGAAACCCUGGGGUGUCUGAGUGCUCCGGGGCGGUCAGAGAACAUUGCUGCGAUUCUACUGUAUCAUAUCAAAUUUCAGAAUCGGCUGACCUGGCUGCCAGACUGUGUAACUGAGAGGAAA